GUUCACUUGUUAAGUACAAUUCCAAUAAAGCAGCUUAAAAAUGGAGGUUGUGGAAUUUCUCACACGGACCGAUAGGCGCAAUCUGAAAUCCCAAAUAGGUUUUCAGGUGGCGCGAAAGAUGCGCGACUGGCACGCGGAUGUGGACAACCGCCGUUGGAACCUCAGUCUUCUCCUCCAAAAGGAGGCUUUGGAGGCGGAUGAGCAGAUUGCAGAGAUGCUCCAGGAGCAAGCGGAUGAAGCGGAUCGAAAGCGACACGAGUGGAUCGAAAUGGAGCGACUGAAGCGAGAGGAGGCCGAAAUGGAGCUGGUCAAAGUUAAGAACCAGCAAAGGGAAAUUGAAAACUCCGAGGCUCAUCGGCACAUGCUAACUAAGGAGAUCCUGUUGGAGUCCAAGCAAACGCAACUCCAUCAAAUCGAGGAGAAAAAGGCCCUCAAACGCCGUCAGGGCUGUGUAGAGAUUCUUUGGCAGCGGGUCUGGCAGAGAUUGGAUGAAAGUAAGGCCCAGCAGGAGCAGCAGGAGCUGAAACUGCGGAACUUGAUUGAGAAUAGGUGCCAAGCCCACAACCUGGACACUGACCGGGAGCAGAAGACCCAGAUCGCCAAGGAGGUGUUGGCAGACCAGCGGGAAUGUUCCCAGGCUCUAGAACUAGCUGCAGAAAUGGAUGUGCUUAGGAAACAACAAGAAAUCAAGAAGCUGAGAGGUAAACGGCGCCAGCAGCUUACUGACUUGCAGGAUCAGAUCAAACAGAAUCUCACCAUCAGCAGCAAGCAAUCACAGGCCAAUAUCCGAGAGGAUGUGGGCUACAACAUCCUCGAAGACCGUCAGAUUUACGAGGAGCUCGUGGAGAAGCGUUGCGCCAGGACCCAUAAUCGCGAUUGGCACCAGCAGUACAUGACGCAUACGGCUGCGGAGCGUGCCGCUCGCAAGGAAGAGAAUCGCAUGCGGGAUCGGAAAUACCUGGGCACUGGGUGUGUGCUCGACCAGCAGCAGAAGCAGCCAUACGGCAAGGAAGUCCGCUAGUACAAGCGGUGGACACUUCGUCAUCGCCAUCGAUCGAAGGGCACGCACUCUCAUGUCACGCCUCAUAUUUGGAUACCAUAUGGCAAUUAUAUUAACGACUGAUAUAAAUUAGGCGAUAAAUCAGCAGCGAUAAAGAAAAGCGUAUCACGCACGGGCGGCAUAAAACCAGUGAUAAUGCCCACCAUCGACGUCACCAUGGAAGCUUACCAGCCACCAACC